UUUUCUUUAUCCGAUUCCUUUCUGAGAGCACACACUGCUACAUACAGCUAUUGCCAUUUAUUAUCUCAAUAGCUUUCAUUUCACACUUCUAAUCUCUUCACCUACUGGCUCGUUAGUUAAACAACACUUUUCCCUCCAUUCCAAUCAUUUUCCUCCUUAUGUUAGAAUAACCCUUCGCUUUUUCUCUCUUUCUUUUUCUUCUUCUUCUUUCGCAUUAAAACCAUGUUCGUUGUAGCUAUGUUCCUCUCCACAGCUUCAACGAACAACGCUUGAUGAUGAAAAAACCUUCAAUCGCCGAUUAACUGCAAUGCACCACUCAUCAUCAACUCAUCAUCCAUGGCUUUCUCCGCUUCAAUUCGCCCUACCUCUUCUCACUCUCAGUUGUUUUGCUCUGUUAGGUUCAAUAGGAGGCACCAUAGCAGUAGCCGAAUAGGUUUCUCGUCGAACGGCGGAAGAAGAUGUCGUCGUUUACGGAACAGUGUUAGGUCGGUGUUGAACGACAACCGGCCUAGCGCAAGCGUGAACGACGAUUACGGAGCGGCGGAGUCUGCUAGGGUUUUGUUCGAGAGACUGUUCACGGAGAACCGGAUAACCGGAGAUGAACCGGAUCUUCGGAUUCUUGAAUCGGAUCUCGAGGCGGCGCUGGCGGCGCUGAAGAUGAAGGAGGAUCACUUGAUGGAGGCGGAGAGGACGGUGUUGUUGGAGAAUAGUAAGUUGAAGCUCACGAAGGAGGAGCUGGAGCGGCAAGAGAGUGAAAUUGAGGCUGCUAGGAUUAGGUAUGAGAAGCUUGAGGAGGAGAUGAAGGAGACAAUGGUUAAAUUGGUUUCUCAGGCGGGGGAGAUUGAGGAGCUGAAGCUUAGGGUUAGGGGUCGCGAUAGUGAGAUCGAUGCGGUGAAGUAUGCGCUGGGGUUGAAGGAAGGGGAAGUGGAGAAAAUCAGGGUUGAAUUGGAGGAGAGGAGUCGCGAGGCUGCGAAUUUUGAUUCUGAGCUUAGAGAGAAGGGGAGGAUUCUGGAUGAAGCGAAUGAGGUUAUGAAGAAGCAGGAGGCUGAGCUUGAGGAGCUAAAGAGGGUGGUUCGAGAGAAAGAGGAGGAGAUUGAGGUUUUGUUGGUUCAGAGGGAGGUUGAGAGGGAGAAGCUGAGGGUGGCUGAGGCGAAUUUGGAGAAGCAGGCAAUGGACUGGAUGUUGGCGCAGGAGGAGCUGAAGAGGCUGGGUGAGGAUGCUGCGAGGCAUGCUGAGGAGAGUAGUGAGACCUUGGAGGAUUUCAGGAGGGUGAAGAAGCUUCUCAAUGAUGUGAGGUCUGAAUUAGUUUCGUCUCAGCAAGCGUUGGCAUCUUCCAGAAGCAAAAUGGAGGAGCAGGAGCGGUUGUUGGAACUGCAGCUGAGUGAGCUUGGGGAGCAGAGGGCAAGUGUGAUGUCCUACAUGGAAAAUUUGAAGGAUGCACAGAUUGAAGUGGAGAGUGAGAGAACGAAACUCAGGGUUGCAGAGUCUCGGAACAGAGAGCUUGAACGGGAUCUGAAGAUGGAAAAGGAGCUUAUUAGUGAGUUGGAGGAGGAGCUGAAGAAAGAGAGAACUUCUUUGGAGCAGGCAGUCAAAGAAGUGGCUUUGCUUCAAGAGGAAUUGGAGAAGAAAACUGCCGAGUUUAGAGAAACAAGUGCCGUUCUUCAGGUUAAAGAGUCAGAGCUUGUUGAUGCUAAGCUAGAAAUCCAGCGUUUGAAAUCUGAAAAGGCUUCUCUUCAGGGUAUCUUGGAGGAGAAAGACUUGGAGCUUUCCAGUGCUAGGAAAAUGCUGGGGGAUGUUAACCAGGAAAUCUAUGAUCUUAAGAUGCUUAUGCACAGUAAAGAAACCCAGCUCAUUGAAGCAAACAGUAUGCUAAGGGACAAAGAUGAGCAUGUGAAGGUAAUCCAGAACAAGUUGAAUAAUACAAACCAGAAGGCUUUUGAGGCUGAAACUGUGGUAGAAAGAAUUUUAGAUCUCACAAACAGACUUGUUGCUUCCAUUAAGGAUGAAGAUAUGAACUCAUCAAAACCACUACUAGAUGAAAUGGGUAACCAACUACUUGAUCAACUAUUGGAGAAACCUGCUAAUGAAUUGAAAUGGCAACAAAAAAGCCUUGAGAAUGAGCUUGAGUUGGCCAAGGUAACCUUAAAAGAAAAGGAGAUGGAAGUUCUUGCUGCACAGAGGGCUCUAACGAUAAAAGAUGAGGAGCUGAAGAUGACACUUUCAAGAUUGGACUCAAAAGAGGAAGAGUUGAAAAAAGUAAGGGAAGAAGUGACAGAAGACUCCAAUGAUCUUAAAAGGCUGUAUGCUUGGGCACAGGAGAGAAUUGGCGAGAAAAGCUUAGGAGAUUUGGCAAUUGAGAAACUUCAGCUUGAGGCAGCUCAGCUUGAAGUUGAAGCUGCCACCAAUGCACUACAAAAACUGGCUGAAAUGAGUCGACAACUUCUGAACAAAGCUAUCAUGAGUGUUGAAGCUGAUAACUACAUCAGUGUCCCUGAUGGUAAUAAAGCCCCCGAUUUGAUCCCCGACACCAAUAACCCUGAAUGUUUCGAAGAGGUAAAAGCAAGAGUUGCUCGCCUCUCAUCUUUGUCUGAGCAGCUUGUGAUGCAGGCGGGUAUUGUUCCUGCAAACUAAGAGAGAGAGGUAAUGAAGAAAGUUGUGUGUGUGUUGGGGGGUAUUGUAUUUUGAUAUCUUUUUGCUCCCAAAGCCAUUGCAAGGCUAACUUGUCCCUUGGUAGAUCAUAAAAUCUUCCCUUAGUUUGCAAGAUAUGUACAAUGUACAGAUAGUGAUCACAUCUGUUUUUGGUACUCUACUACAAGAUAUGUACGUACAAUCAUUACAUGAGGAGUUACUAUUUUAGUGUUACUCUUAAAGGAUGAUCUCUCCUCCUCUUUAUUAUUA